UUCCAUAACAUCAGACAAUCCCUUUGUCUAUCUUUUGGCCUCUGUGACGUAGGCACCAUCUUUGAAAAUGGAGUAUGCUUCAAUAUUGCCGUCAAGGAGCUCUCCAGGUUGCCGAGAUACGAUAGUAUUUCAUUAGGUAGCAGUUUAUAAGAGAACCAUGAAGAUUAAUCGGCACUGUUUGUUUUCUGCCUGGUCCAAUCCCUCAUCCAAUGAUUCUGUCUCACUGCCUGGGUAAUAAUGGUGGAAAUUACAUGCGUUUCUCAUACCGGACAAAUCUCCUGUCAAUAAAGCAACAGAUCCCUGUUAACGGAGUGAUCAUUACUGUAUGGCAACUCUGGCGCCGUGAUCACUGUCCAGUUGAGGAUGAAGUCAGAAAGAUGUCUCCUAUUUGCAAUGUGAAGUUAAAAUGGUGUCUAAGCGUAUCCAAGUGAUUACGUGUGAAGAUAUUUCAAAGAGGAAUUUUCAACAAUCUUUCUGAUUGAAACAGACCAACCGAGAGUUCAGCGAAGGAUAUGUAAUGUUGCCCAAGAUGAACUUUACUGACAAUUUGACUGAUGUCAAAGAUGAUGGCAGUUUAGACGACCUAUAUGCCUUGAUGCGUCGAAGUGAUGUGCCAGACUUGUACAUCCUCACAGCAGUUCUCUCCCUUCUCUUUGUUAUCGGCGCUGUUGGCAACAUCAUCGUCAUCUGUGUUUUCUCCCGGAGCUUCAUCAAACACACCUCAACCUACUUCAUCCUGUUUCUGGCCAUUGUGGACCUCGUCAUCUGUAUGGCCGUCCUGCCUGGGGUCCUCGUCAAGAACUGGUCCUACCCGUUCAAACUCGAUGCUGUGUGCAAAAUUUGGGAGUUUAUUCGGAUGUCAUCAAUUCCCGUUUCUGCUCUGACUCUCAUGGCUAUAGGGUUUGAUAGAUACUAUCUCAUUUGUAUGGCCGCUGAAGGUCCACUGUCGACUUCUCUGGCCAAGAUGACCAUUGUUGCGAUCAUUGUCAUUGGAAUCAUUAUGGGGCUGCCACCUACACUUGGUGUAGGAGUGUACCAAAUGGGAGACAAUCCAGGCAUAAUUCAAUAUCUUGGACUCUGCAUGCCGAAUACAAUCCUGAUAACUGAGGAAUCACUUCAGGGCUACUGGAAAGCUGUCGUUGGCAUCAUCUGUACAGUGUUCAUCCUACUGACCAUCACAUAUUCUUUAAUCUUCAUUAAAGUUUUCAAACAGAACCGUAAAUGGAACAUUUUGAAGAAGACCAAAGUUCACCCAGUCCUAGAAGACAUCAAGAAAGGGAGCCAAAAUCAAAUCAUAAGAAGGAACUGGUGGACAAGACUCCGACACAUCGCUCGAAUUAUCCCUGUCCAAAAUGAAAAUGGGAAUAUUUUCAUUGUGCGUGUUCGGCCCCAGCAGGUCCAACCACCACAUCAGUUGCCUUCCAACAAUUCCAACCCUGACAGUGAUGAUGCAGGCCCAGGCGACUCAGGACUCGGGUCAACCGAAAACUGUCGUGUCAGUCGAACCACCUCUUCAAAUGAGACCGACAAAGUCCUCGGCAGUUCGGACAAUGUGACCAACAGACAGGAGUUGACAUACGGACGUCAGCGGACUGCUCACAUCAAAACAGCCAAGGUCCUGAUGAUUGUGUCUGUGGUGUACUUCAUCUCCUACUGCCCACCGCUGCUCAUCUCCGCUGACCUGAUUCCCGACCUGCUCCAGGACCUGCACUACCUUCUCUUCUACUCCUACUUCCUCCACAGCGCAGCCAACCCCAUCAUCUACUCAUUCAUGAACAAGAAGUUUCGGGCAGAGGCCAGGAAGCUCAUUCAGUGCAAGUCCAAAAGGAGACGGUGGUGAACAAUACUACUCCAGCGUGUGUUGGCUGACAAGUCAGGAAAGACCUGGUGCCAUUGAGGCAGUUUUCAAGCCACACCAUGCAAUGAUGGUCAUAUGUUUGUAAUGAUAAUAGUUUGUGACUUUACAUGAGAACAUCCUGUACUGGAAUGUCGGAAAUAAGCUCAACUUUACAUUCCUCCUCGAGUGAGUAUUGUUUUUUGACACUUUUAGGAAUAUUCCAGGGAUAUCAUGGAGAGGGAUGCCUGGUAUGGGUUUCACACACUGUACCCAUAUGGGGAAUUGAACCCAGACCUUCAGGGCCCCACCGCCUCUUCCCCCUAGAAGCCUUGAGAAAAUUCAAGUGUGACAGGAUGUCGCUCUACCUCAACAGUAUUUCACUUAUAUCACAGGGUGUCAGUUGAAGUUACAUAUGUGAAGAUGUCUACCACUUGGAUAAAACCAUGAGCACAGGUAUGGUACAGACAAACCAGGGACCAAAACCAGAAUGAAUCAAUGAUCAGUACUAACACAAAGUGAUUCCUGCCACAAGUAAGGGAGGCAACUCUGCACACUGAAUCUCUGGACCACAACUUUGAAUAAUAAAGUUUUUGUUCAUAAUACAUGAACUCGUGUUAAUGUGAACAUCUUUUUGUGAAAUGUCACCCAUAUCACAUAAAGGAAUAACUGCAGCUUCUUCCAUGAAAGAUUUGAGCCCAGUCAGACAAAAUUGGACAAAACAUUGUUCAUCAGCAAAUGUUUUUAGAUUACAAACUAAUAGUUAGUAGUUAGUUUGUUGUUUAAAGCCGCACUAGCAAUAUUCCAGCUAUAUGACGGCGGUCUGUAAAU